GUAUUUUUACCUCCCAUUUUGAAGAACAUAAGUUUACCACAGCAGCUAAAUGUAACCGUUUUAAGACAGUUUUACUUAUUUUUUGCCAGUAUCAUUGCUUUUAUGAUGUUUUAGCUACUUCCAAUAACAGAUAAUUUUGAUUUGGUGAUACUUUAGGCGAAGUUUUAUUUUUAAUAUGAAAUUACGACAUUCGCUAGAUUACAGUUGCUGAGCAACAUGACCUAUUUCCGGCACUAGACAAGUGCUUGCUCAAAAUGAAAAGAAGCAUCCAGUUUGCGUUGAAUUAACAACGAUACCUACCCAUAUAGUCGAUUUUACAAUGGAAAAUCCAUAGUGUUACCAGUAAUUGUGAUGUCAUAAAGGAUUAGAGAACAACAUUCACCAUGACAACUCAGACUCCGACUACACGCACAUUCCCAAGGCUUAAAACAGCAAAAAGGGAUGAAAGUUCAGAUACCAUUAAGUCUUACAAAAGCGGGGCUAGUUUUAAAGGGACAUUGAAAGAACAUAAAAAGAUUGGACAAGGAGUAUUUGUAUGGCCAAAUGGUGCUAGAUACGAAGGCCAAUUUGAAGAUAACAUUAGGACGGGUCAAGGCUGUCAGUUAUGGGAAGAUGGGGGAAAAUAUGAGGGAAUGUUUUUAGAAGAUAUGAGACAUGGAGAAGGUUGUGCCACAUGGACAAAUGGAGAGAGUUACUCGGGAAUGUUCUACAAAGAUCGUAGACAUGGACUGGGGACAUACAAUUGGCCCGAUGGCUCUAGUUUCAAUGGUACCUUCUACAUGGACAAGAAAGAAGGAUACGGCACUUUCUACUUUGCAAAUGGAGAUAAGUUUGAGGGCUUGUACAAGAGUGAUGAGCGUGAGGGUCCCGGAGUGAUGACAUAUACUACAAACAAGCAGGAUGUCGGUUUAUGGCACCGAGAAAACCUUGUGAGAUUAUGUCUUGAAUUAGAUGGCGCUUUUACCAUGAAAGAACAUGAAGAAUUUGAAUAUAACGAGGACGAUCAUAAAAAGUUCAUCAAUAUUGAAGAAGUGAAUAAUCGUGAGGAUGUUAUUAAUGCCAUUUUGAAUCCCCCAUCGCCAUUUAAUUAUUACCCAGAGUCUAACAUUAAAAAAGAUCUUAAGCUUCUCUUUAACGAUUCUGUAGAUGUUAAAAGCAUGGCUGUUGACAUAAAAUCAUUUGAUGAAGAAUUUUUCAAAAAUCGAGAACCAUUGAAAAAUAAUGCUGAAAUAAAAGCAAUAAACAAUACCCCAUCUAUGAUUGAAAUGCAGAAACAUAUUUUACUACAUUCAUAUAAUGAAGAAAAUAUAAAAAUCAAAGUCCCAAAAAUUAUUGAUGGAGAAAGAACUGGGUUUAAGAAACCUGGACAGAAAGAGUUAGACUCUCAGAGAUUUAUAAAGGCUGCUGCAGAUGGGGAUCUAGAAACAGUAUCUGCGUUAGUAGACAGUGGAGCAGUAUAUGUGGAUGUUGCAGAUAGCAGUGGAUACACCGCAUUGGUUGCUGCUGCAACAAAUUGGCAUAAAGAUGUUAUUAACAAACUCUUAGAUAACGGAGCAAAUGUAAACAAAUUAACCAAUGAGGGAGUUUCUGCACUCGCUGCCUGCCAUGUCUACUUUUACCCAAUUGAAGUUUUCAAAUAUAAUAUUGCUGAGAGAUACAUGGAGAAACCCCCUGAGCUAGCAGAAACCCAAAGUGAGGCUACAGGAGAGGAUUCCCUUGAACGAAAGGGGAUACUACAAACCGCAAAGGAGGAUAUAAAAGACCCACAAAUAUUUGACACCAACCAGAACAAUAAUUUAGAGUCAAGUAAAAUCAGUCAGAUAAAACCAAACACUGACAAUAAAUCCAAAACUUUGCCACCAAGCAACAAAAUUGUGACAAUUAACCCUGAUGCAACAAAAGAAUAUAGUUUUGAAAAUCUUGGAAAACUAAAAAGAAGAGAAAGAAAUGGUAUCAGUUAUGAUGACGGUAUUCUUGCUAGUGAUGAUGAAACAAAACAAGAUGAUCUCACAACAGAAUUAGGAGAUUUUGAAUCAAACACAAGUGUCCAAAAUUAUGAUAUUGAUGUAAAAGAUGAUUUAGUUGAGAGAUGUGCGACUCAGCUGAGCACGAAUGAAAUGGUGACAUCCUCUGGUCGGGUCUCCAGUCAUUCUUUGGAUACACUAGGCACUGCACGUAGGAAGGCUGUGGAGAAAUCACAGCACAGACUGAUGGAGUCAGUCAUACGGCUUCUGCUUAAAAGGGGUGCCUGCCCAAAUGCCAGUAGAGUCCCCAUGCCAGUACUAUUUUUUGCAAUCAAAGCUGCAGAUGUUGACGCAGUGAAGGAACUACUUCUUAGGGGGGCUGAUACAUCUGCAACACUCUCUAAAGAGAAAGGAGGUUUGGCUGCACUUCACAUUGCAGUUGCUAUCCCAGGAGAGGAAGGAGUGAAAAUUACAGAGUUGCUGCUGAAUGCACUUGCCCACCCAGAUGUCAGGGCUGGCCUGGAUGAUUCCUUCCUCAACAAACACCUAAUGGAAGAAUGGAGUAAAGACAUCAUAGGGGAGAAUAGUGCUGCUAUAUUGGGAGGCAGAACUCCUCUUCACAUAGCAGCUGCCAGGGAUGACAAUUACAAGCAUGCUUGCAAGAUUGUUCACCUCCUGUUGGACCAUAAUGCUGACCCUAACCUCCUGUGCAAUGGACAUUCUCCACUCUCAUUGGCUAUCACCAGUGGCAAUGACAUGGUGAUUGAUGAGCUAUUGGCAUGGAAUGCCAAUCCGAGUCUACCACUAACACAUGGUGUUGGAAGCGCCCUCUGUGUGGCAACCUCUACUGAGCACGAACAUAGACGAACUCCUCAGGGGAGAAUACAACUGGUUGACAAACUGGUGAAAGCUGGAGCAAAUAUCCUUGCGCCAGUACAAAUAGGUCCUAAAAGGCUGUCAGGUACAGCUGUAGAUUAUGCGUAUCAUCUGUUUAACUUGGAUCGAAGAAUCGCUCAUAUGCCAUAUCAUGCACUGACAUAUGCCGAGAGGGACACAUACAAUGCCCGGCGCGCCCUAUUGGAUCAUGUUGGAACUAUUAUGCGUGGAGCUGCAAUUGAGAAAGAACGAGACAGACUGGAAGAUGAGAUGAGACAUGGACAAAGAAGUGCUAGUCCAAGUGAGAAUUUUGUGUUUGUUGGAGCAGGAGCUCCGCUGCCACCAGGUGUCAGGUCAAGCAAACUGAAAAAUGGAACUGCUGGGGAAAGUCACGUCUCAUUCAGCGCAGUUGCGCAUGACUCUAGAGGAAGACAGAGGGCUGUACAAGAAAAUGCAGAAUUCAUCGGAAAUAGUGAAGGUGUGAUAACAGUUGAUGUACGGAAAGUUCCAAAAGUGAGAACAUAUAUACAACAGAGACAGAGAAAAAAUGCAAGAAAACCUCUGCUGAAAUACUGUUAUGAAUGUGGUCGUUCUGUUGGUGUGCGCUUGUCCACAUGUACACGUUGUAAGGAGGUGUAUUACUGCUCGAAGGCUUGUAAACUGAAAGCUUGGAAUGCGAGGCACAAAGAUGAGUGUGUCAGAGUUGGCGGUCGAAGUCCCAGUCCAUCAGGCCGUAACAGGAUAGAUUCCCCAACACCUACAACAAAGGCUGACUACAAUGAGCCUGCCACAGUUGCCAAUCUAAUAAAAGAUCCAAGGGUCAAGGUUCCUGUCAAGGGAAAAAGUAUGAGUGCCAAAUAUUCUGAUCGCAAACAAGUUCAAGAUGGCCGUCAGAUUAAGACAGGAAUUCCAGGAAAAACCAAGAAAGACAAAGGCCCAGACAUACAAGAUCGUAACAUGCGGAAUGCAAACAUGGACAAUUAUAGUUUUGUUUGAAUGAAAGUGGAUUUUAUGACAAAGAAUUGUGUCUUGUGUCUUUCACAUGCCUGGCUACAUCUAUGGCAAUAAGACAGUUUUGUUCAAACAACACCCUCUAUAUUCAGAGGAUAAGGAUACCUAAUGUAGCAUAUUUGCAGUUUAUUUGAACUUUUCAUUAUAUCCCUCUUAAAUGCCUUGUAUUGCAAGAUUUGUCUCCCUUUUCUGGAAAUUUUGGAUAUCUUGACAAGACGAUGUGAGGAGUACAUGAUAUGCAGUAGUGUUGCAUACUUGUGAUAUCGCAUUUAUAUAAGCCUUAUUUUGUGCAAGGCUUGGACUAUGUUUUUGUUAUUAUGUGAUAUGAGAACAAUAUUUUGACAUCGAAAUACAUGACAUUGUAUAAAAUUGUGUUCCUUGUUGAGUAUUCAAAAUGAUAAAAUAAAUCAUUGAUAAAAAACAAUGCAAAAUUGUUAAAAUCAGAAUUGUUGGACUGUCAUAUGUGAAAUGACGAUGCCAUUUAAAUAUAUAAAAUAAUGCAAAUUGUGAUGCCAUGAAAUUGCUUGUGAAAAACUACGAUAUUAACCCAUGGGCUUUCAACUACUAAUUGAAAGCCCAUGAUUAACCCAAGCAUUAGUAUACAUUCCGUCCAAGACAGACUAUUGAUACUAAAAAACUGCUUAGUCUGUUAGUUACAUUUACAAUGUCAUUGUAUAUGGUGUGUCAUUGUAUAUGGUUUGUCAUUGUACAGUGUCUUAUUGUACAUAUGUGUGAUAAUUUUGUGAAUCUGAUUUCAAUUCAUAGGCGCUUAUACCAUGUAUAUUUCUUAUAUUUUUAGUGUACACAAAGUAUUAAACCAGCAUUUCUUCAAAACUGCUUAAUUUUGUAGUUUAUAGACUGCAUCCAACUGAAUGGUAGUCUGUGUGAUUGAGAUUUUCUGCAAAUGCUUGAAAUUUCAGUGUGUAUGAGAUUUCAGUUUCAGCAUUUGUCAGUGGUUUUCAGUAUUUAAUAUUUGCGAUUCAUAUUAUUAUUCAAUGUGCACAUUCGAUGAUUUGCACAUUCACAAAAUGUUUAAUGAAAAUGGUUAUCAUACUCAGAUAAAUGUAGAUA